UCAGUCAGAUUUAGUCGGCUCACACCUCCAAGUGAAAAAUGUGUUGAUGUUUUCUUUCUCUCGGUUUUUCGCGGAAAAGAAGCAUUGUCGCUGCGAAAAGAAUGUCAGCCAACUACAGGCGAUUCCUCAAGAUUCUGGAGAAGUGGCCUGUUGACAAAUCAAAAGCUGGGAGGGAUUUGGCUGAGGAUCUCCGAGACCAACUAAAGAAUUUAUUAGUCAGAGAGCAGGAGACGAAUUUCAACGCGGAAAAGUUCACUAAAGAACUAGACGCCCUUUCGCGGAUUGAGAAGAGCGUCCACGGAAAGAGUUACGCGAGGAAUUUCAAGACAACAGCCACUGGACUGACCGGAGAGCAGUGUAAUCAAGUCCUCUCCUCGGAAUUCCUUGAAUAUAUGAACACUAAGUAG